AAUAUGUCAUGAAAUUUAUAUAUAUAGCGUACACAUCAAAAUGGAAUACACGUAAAAAUAAAAGACGAAGAUUUGGGUUUUUUUUCCUUGAAAAACUCGCUUCCUACGACGAUGUUACUUUUUCCGACACAACACCAGUGUGAGCCUGAGAGCAUCCUUCUAGAAAAGCACCACUUUAAGUAGAAGAUACGGACUGUACCAAGGGCUGCACAGUAAAGGCACAAGCCGACGAAGAACAAAAAUCUCUUUGAAGACAAAGAGUAAAAGGAUGCCUUCAGCAGCUGUUGGCAACAGUGCUGUCCCGUCUGUCGUACCAGACCUGGGAAAUGGAAGUCACUCAGAGACCAUGAAGCAGUUUCUUGGUGUUAUUGACAAGAAGGUUCGAAACAUGGAAAAGAAGAAGUCCAAACUGGAUGAUAUUCAAGCAAGAAAGACUAAAGGGGAAAGGCUAAAUCAAGAUCAGUUGGAGGCCUUGUCAAAAUAUCAAGAAAUCAACAACAACCUUGAUUUUGCUCGAGAGUUGCAGAAGAGCUUCUUGGCGUUGGGUCAAGAGGUUCAGAAAGCAGUGAAGAAGUCUGCGCGAAGAGAGCAGCUGCAACGGGAGGAGACGGAGCAGCGGCGACUGAGGACCGUUUUGGAGCUGCAGUAUUUACUGGACCAGUUAGGAGACGAUGGUGUCAGGCAGGACCUGAAACGACUCGAUGUCUCAGGUUCACCUCUUCUCACUGACGGUGACCUCGCAUCAUUUGAUGAGUUUUACAAAUUGGUGGGACCUGAUAGGAACUACGAUCUCAGGUUGACUGAACAGUACGAAGACGCCUCGCUACACUUGUGGGCUCUGCUUGAAGGCCGAGACAAGGCUGUGGCAGGAACCACAUACAAGUGGCUGAAGGACAAACUGGACAAGCUGAUGGUCAGUGGUUACUUUGACAGAGCAGACACUAAUCAGAAUGGGGCCUGUGAGUCAGAGGAGACGCAAGAGGAACCAGCUGUGGUGACUGAGGCUGCAGCGACCGUGGAGCCGCCAUCAGAACCAGAGGGACUUCCUAAUGAAAGCUGCACAGAGGCUGUUAAAGUGGAAUCWACAGAGUUUGUUAACAGACAGUUUGUUCCAGAAACUACAUACAGCACUUCAGACAAAGACCAAAUGGAUGAGUGGACUGUGGAGGCUCAGAUGAAUUCCCUGCAGCACCACUCUCCUGCACAGCUAGCUCCUGAGCCAAACCUUACUGUGAACCAAGUCGCUCCCUCUCCUGCCACUGACCCCGUGGUCAGGAAACAGGCGGUACAAGACCUCAUGGCCCAGAUGCAGGGGACAUACAACUUUAUGCAGGACUCCAUGUUGGAAUUUGACGGCCAGGCUCUGGACCCAGCCAUCGUUUCUGCCCAACCAAUGAAGCCCCUGCAGACCGUUGACCUGCAACAGAUGGGUGGCCCCUCAACAGUUCACUCAGAGUCCAGGCUUUCUCAAACACCUACAAUAUCCGGACCACAAGACUCGUCUCAAGCCUCCCUUUCUAUGUCACCUGAACAGUCGACUGUCCCGUGUUCCUUGUCUGCUGCCUUCCCACCUGUCUCUAAACCCACCCACUCUGGAGGCAUCAACGUGAACGCAGCGCCUUUCCAGUCAGUGCAAGCGGUAUUCAAUAUGAAUGCACCUGUACCUCCUCCCACUGACAGCCAACCAGACCCAUUGAAGCAGUCCAGCCAAUUUCCAGGUGGCUACGGUCAGAGCUUUAACAGCCAGUCAGAGAAUACGGUAGAGCAGCCUGAAAUUCCACAGGAAAGACUACAGUCAGUUGUUGGUGGGUUCCAGCCCCAAGACCAAGUCAUGCCUUCAGCUGGAGGACAUGAGGACUCCUCUGCAGCUGCAGGGUUUGGACAGUCCAGCCAGUCUUUUUACACAAGCAGGGCCGCACCCAGAGGUGGACCCAGGAAUGCUCGUGGAGUGGUGAAUGGAUAUCGGGCCUCUUCAAAUGGAUUCAGAGGGGGAUAUGAAGGUUAUCGUCCCUCCUUUUCAAAUGCUCCUCCCACCAGCGGAUAUGGCCAAACCCAGUUUAACACAUCUCGGGAUUAUUCCAAUAGUACAUACCAGAGGGAGGGAUACCAGCAGGGCUACAAACGAGGAACUGGUCAAGGAUCUCGAGGUUUGUCGCGGGGCAAUGCUCAAGCAAUGCGAUCUUAAUCGCAUUGCUUUUAUGGACCAUCAAGUUGCGCCACGUAGAACAUUCAGGAUAUCGAAUGUGUUUACCCUAGCUCACUUUUUAACACUUUUUUUAAUUUGUAACUCUUGGCCCAAUAAUUAGUCAGCCUGUUUUGGUCUGUCUAGAUCCUCUUAAUGUUUUAACACAAACAUGCUGACGUUCACCACAUGUAGGAUUCUCAGCAAGUCUGUGUGAUGUAAAACUACAAACGGAUAUUCCUGUAAACUUGAAAGACUUCAUUAAUUUAUUUUUAUUUUUUACAAAAUAAAUGCAAAAAAUACCCUGCCACCAUUAAUCAGAUACUUUUUUGUGCCCUGUGACGUUAAACACAUUGUUUUGUUUUAACCUUAUAAUUUUCAUAAAGCCAUUUAUUUCGUUUUUUUUCUUCUUUUAACCCACUCAUCAUUGCAGCAUAACCCAUUUGUACACUGUUAUUGGUUGAGACUGUUUAAAUAAAGUUGUAUCCUAUAAGCCUGUUUUUAUGAAGCCA